AUGCCCCCCACCGCCGCCACCCUCGCCAUCCCGACCACCCCACGCAUCCACGCGCUCCUCACCCGCCUGCACGCCGCCUCGGCGGCCCAAGAAAACACGCUCUCCCAAUCCUGGUUCUACCUCAAGCGCACGCUCGCCUUCUACCUCUUCUCCACGACGUGGGCCUCCAGCGCCGACGACCACAUGCGUGACAAGUUCGUGGCGCUCGAAGAGGACAAGUGCCACUUCGUGUACCUGCUGGCGCGCUCGUCGGGGGCGCGGACCAUCGUCGAGGCCGGGACCAGAUGCGAUGUCUGGGGGGAGGGAGGAGUGAGGGGGAGGGUGGUGGCUACGGAGAAGGAGCCGACUAAGGCAGCGCGCGCGAGGGAGCAUUGGGCGGAGGCGGGCGAGGAGGUGGAGGGGGUGAUUGAGUUGAGGGAGGGGGAUUUGUUGGAGACGUUGAAGAGGGAGGAUAUGCCGGAGGAGGUGGACUUUUUGCUGCUUGAUAUUUGGACUCCGAUGGCGCUCCCCACGCUCAAGAUUGUCCAGCCCCGCCUGAAAAAGGGCGCCAUUGUGCUGGCCGACAACACGAAGAUGGCUAGGGCCUUGUAUGGAGAGUAUCUGGACUAUAUCUACGACCCGGCGAAUGGCUUCAAGACGACCGAGGUGCCGUAUUCUGGGGGUCUGCAGAUGUCUGUUUAUCUUCCCGGCGAUGAUUCUUAG